ACAGCUUCUUUGAUUUGGUUGUCAGCUGUUGUCAGUUAGUCUAUUGGAUUUUACAAAACAAAAUAAAAUGGUCUUAACUAAGGAAGAGGAGCAAUUUAUACGGCGCAAGCAUGAGCAUACACUGAAGCUACGCAGCGAGUACCUAAAACAGAGCUCCAAUCCCUUUCGCCAUGCCACCGGCGAAGGCGGCACUGUAUUCGAUGCGGGUCUAGCGCGCUUCCAGGCUAUGCGCGUGUCAAAUUAUGAACACUUCAAGCCCACCGGACGCUCCUUCCGCAUGGGCAUGCUUGCAGUCGUGCUGCCAAUUGCUCUGUACGCCUGGGCUCUGAAGGCGGAGCGUGAUGGACGUGAGCAUAAGUAUCGCACCGGCCAGGUAGCCUACAAGGAUCGCCAAUUCAAAUUCAUUUAAGUUACACCAUUAUGUUGCUAUAAAAUGUAUAGUAAAAUUAAAACUCUAAAAUGUA